AACUAGCGCACUGUCAGAGGAUCACUACAACAUUUCCUAUCCAUUGCAGCCUUGUAUUAUAGCACUUACACAGAAAGACACAACAUUCGAGAACAGGGAGGUUGUUCAUAAUUGUACUAAGCAGACGAGUGCCAAAGUUUUUGGUUUCCUUCUCAGUAUGUCUAUUUAAUUCACCACAUACCACAAAGAAAACCUCACGAAAAGUGUUAUUAUAAAACUAUUUAAAAAACGAAAAAAAUAUGAGACAUGAAGAUAAGAUUCAUGGCCAACUUUAAACACAAAUUUUUUAUGAAGAAAAAUAAAAAAUAAAAGGAUUGCAAAAGCAAAAGGACGUGGCGGUGAGCAAAGUCGUGGGUGGAUUUAGUUCAUUACUUUAAGCAAUAUUUAUGAUGCCAAAGCAAAAGGAAAGUAAAGGAAAAGAAAAGAAACUAAAAGCUCACAUUCCAUUGUCAUUGCCACUAUUGUUGGGCAUGCACCAAGUUAAGCUUAAAUAAGCUUUCAUACAUUUAUUCCACCACUCCCAACUCUGCUUCCCAUUUUCAUUUGUAUUUCCACAAACAAAGACAAACGGAACAGGUUGAUUCAGCUCCAACUUCUCUGCCAUGCCACCUACUUUGGCUCUCUCAGUGCUCCUUCUGGCCGCCAUGGCUGGCCACUCAAGUGGGACGUGGUGCGUUUGCAAGGAUGGGGUGGGCGACACGGCGCUGCAGAAGGCGCUGGACUAUGCGUGCGGGGCGGGGGCUGACUGCAACCCUAUUCGCCAAAAUGCAGCUUGUUUCCUUCCAAACACUGUCAGGGCUCACUGUUCUUAUGCUGUUAAUAGCUACUUUCAAAAGAAGGGCCAAACUCAAGGCUCUUGUGAUUUUGGUGGUGUUGCUACCAUCUCCACAACCGACCCUAGCGCUUCUGGCUGUUCCUACCCUUCAACCGCCGGAUGUUAUUCCAGUGGCGGCGGCGGAUCCACUCCGGUGACCAUGACUCCGACACCACCGGGGGCAACAACAGUACCCGGAAUGACGUCACCUGUCGCAAGGUCACCACCAACUACCACUACUACAAAUCCCCUUCCCAACACUGGAUCACCCACGGGGGUUUUGGGCGGCGCUGGCACCGGUGUCAGCCCCACCGGAGCCGGAACCACCACUGCUGACGAGAGCGACGGCGGUUUCCGACUCCAAUGUCACAUAUUCUUCUCUCUCUCAACCGUCUUCUUAUUUAGCUUCAUGGUUUGGUGGGACUAAAUGAAUGGAAGUACUUUAUUUAGCUAGUUUGUAAGAGAGUUGUAAGAGCUUAUGGUUUGUUUCUUCUGCUUUGGAUGUGGUUAGUAGUUGAUUAAUUAUCAUUUAAGCAGCCUUCUUAUAAGGCCUUGGAUUUCCAUUUUCCUUCACAUAUAUUACUAUAUUAUAUAAUAUAUCAAAGAUUAAGGGUUGCA